AUGGCCCUGUGCGCCGCCCACAACCAGGCCUACAACAGGAACCUCGCCAACGGCGCCGUCGUCAGCGCCGGCGGCUACUGCCGCUCCGUCGCCAUGAUCAAGCUGCCCGGGGAGUACUGCUACCUGAAGAAUGGGACCGGCAAGAUGGACACGCAGGGGCACCCCAAGGACUUCAUCAGCGCCGUCGUCAUCUCCGGUCUGCCGGUCGCGUGA